UUUGUCUGUUUUGUUGUCACUCAUUUAAAAUGAAAAAUCGUAUCCCGAGCGCGAUCAACGCUGACUCUUGUGUUGUUACAUUGUAGCGGAAAGAAUGUCGGAAAGGGCCGAGGAUGACGUCAGGGGGGAGCAGCGCCGAGCGGCCAGGCAGCAGCUGAAGCAGCAGCAGCAGCAGAUCCAGCGGGGAGAAGGCUCCACAGCAAUGGCGACUGUUGCGGAGCGGAGAUCUCUGCCGAGUCCAGAAAUAAUGCUGGGACAGCCGUGGAGCAGCUGGGUGGACGCCGCCAAACUCCACGGCAACGACGGUGCUGAAUCGGAGGAAAGUUUCAAAGACUUGGGGAAAAAUCGAGAAGCCAUGCGUCUGUGCAGAGAAGACAUGCCCAUAUUUGGCCAGUGUCCCGCACAGGACGACUUCUACCUGGUGAUGUGCAACCACUGUGGUCAAGUUGUCAAACCCCAAGCCUUCCAAGCACACUACGAGAGAAGACACAAUUCAGCCAGCAAGCCGGCCUCCACCUCGCCUUUUCCCGUGUUGGGCAGGAACCGCAGCAGUGCCGGGCUAGGGCCCGGGCUGGGCUCGGUCCCUGUAGCUGGAGUGGCGGCGGCAGGCGUCCUCGGCCGGCCUUCAACUGCGGGAUCCAACUCUUCGACGUCAUCCUCGUCCUCCAAUCCAAAACUCCUCAAACCAGCCAAAGAGAAGCUGCCAGGCAUUCGGAGACCCGCCUACCCUCUCUCUCUGGAUUACAUUCGCCUCACCGCGGCUGUCAAGGUGGAGAAGAUGCACCUGAGGGUGGACUCGUCAGCUAAGCUGGUGCAGGCCCUACCUGCUCCCACCACCACCACCACCCACCACCACCUCCACCACCUCAUCCUCCACAUCCCUCCUCCUAGCACCACUGUGAGCUCCAACACUACCACCAUCACCACCACCACCAACUCCUCCUCCUCUUCCUCCUCCUCCUCCUCUUCAUCAGCCCUUAAACCAGGCCUUAACUGUCCCUCCAUACCAAAGCCUCAAUUACUGGUUCCGGGUCAGAUUCCCAACGGCAAGGGCCACCUGCUGGACAAGAAGCAGGACAGCAGCAGCAGUGCCAGUAGCAGACGCCACCUCAGCAAGAAAGUGACAGAGCGCGAGUUCAACGCAGAUCUCCACUGUGGCGUCAUGGAUAUAACGGCUCGGAAACCAUGCACAAGAUCUCUAACAUGCAAGGUAACCAGGCUGUUUGUUGUGCUUUAUCGUGUUGUACAGUAUAUGCUCAUAAUUCAGAUGAUUCCAGUUCCAAUUCUGCUCAUCGUUAUUUAG